AUGGUCUCUAAUUUCUCCCGAUUGAGUUUGAUUUCAAUACGUGCGAUCGCUUGUUUCAAUUAUUGCUGGUGUUAUUAUUCUAUUUCAAUCAAACGGUCUGGAUUACCACCUACUUUUGUUAAAGGUUUUCAUGAUGAAGCCUCUGUUCGAAAAAUGACCUACAACCGACUGGGGAAAACUGGUUUAUUGUUGUCACAAUUGUCAAUUGGAGGGGCAGCACUUGCUCCAUUUUACGAACAUAAGGACGAAGAUGAAGCGAUCCGCGCCAUUCAAUAUGCAAUUAAAUCUGGUGUAAAUUACAUUGAUACAGCACCGUAUUAUGGGCAAGGACGUUCCGAAAAAAUUAUUGGCAAAGCACUUAAAGGAGUUCCGCGCCAAGCAUAUUAUAUUGCUACUAAAGUUGGCCGCUAUAACAUGGGCAACACAAUUGAUGAAAUAUUCGAUUUUUCAGCGAAAAAAACCAAAGAAUCGAUUGAUAUCAGUUUGAACUAUUUAGGUUUAGAAUCAGUGGAUGUACUUCAAAUUCAUGACAUCGACUUUGCUGAUAGUUUGGAUGUCGUUAUAAAUGAAACAUUGCCGGUCAUCGAAGAAGCCAAGAAGCAAGGCAAAACUCGUUUUCUCGGUGUCACAUCCUAUUCUCUGCACCUUCUUAAGGAAAUUAUUCUAAAAGCACCCGGACGAUUUGAUACCGUUUUAUCCUAUUCGCGCUACACCAUGCUUGAUAAUGCGCUGCUCAACUAUCUUCCAUUCUUUUUGGAAAAAGAUUUGGGGGUGAUUUGCGCUGCAUGUCAUGCGUUGGGUCUUUUAACAAAUCAUGGGCCAUUUGCUUGGCAUUUUGCCUAUGAUGAUUUGAAAAAGGUGGGUCGAUUGUGUGGUGAAUACUGUAAGUCACAGGGCGUUGAAUUGGGAAAAUUGGCUAUUUGGUAUUCGGCACAAUUGAAAGGACCGGCUACAUUCUUGGUUGGCAUGUCGACAACAGAAAUUAUCAACAUCAAUUUAGAUUCAAUGCAAAAUGGUUUAACAGCAAAAGAGAAGGAGAUUUUGGAUUAUUGUUUGAAAAAUUUCUGCGUGAAAAAAUUAAAUUGGGAAGGCAACGAAAUUUCAGGAUAUCGAGCAGCUGCAGCAAAAAAAUAAUACCAAAUAACAUUGUUUGAUUUGGUAAAUAAUUGAAUCAGUG